AUGAGUGAGAUGGCUACUGAAUAUGUAGACCCUUAUGCCCUUCAAUCCCCUAACCUUUCUGGUGCUAUGCAAAACCAGCUCAUUCGAGAUGCUUCCUACAUUUCCCCACUGCAGAGACCAAUGUCACCUAAUGUCCAGCCCAUGGCCCCUUCUUCUCCUCGGCUUUCUGGCGCACUGCAGAAUCAAGUUAUAAGAGAUGCAUCUUAUGCUUCUCCUUUACGAAGACCAAUGUCUCCUUAUGAACAGCCUAUGCCCCCUUCUUCCCCUAUGUUGUCUGGAGCGCUGCAGAAUCAAGUUAUAAGAGAUGCAUCUUAUGCUUCUCCUUUACGAAGACCAAUGUCUCCUUAUGAACAGCCUAUGCCCCCUUCUUCCCCUAUGUUGUCUGGAGCGCUGCAGAAUCAAGCUAUAAGAGAUGCAUCUUAUGCUUCUUCAUUACGAAGUCCAAUGUCUCCUUAUGAACAGCCUAUGCCCCCUUCUUCUCCUAUGUUGUCUGGAGCACUGCAGAAUCGCGCAUUGAGAGAUGCAUCCUUUGUGUCUCCUCUUCAAAGGCCCCAGUCCCCAUAUGCUCCAUCUGUGCCUUCAUCUCCAAUGCUCUCUGGAGCCAUGAGACAUGGUCAGGCACUAAGACGUGUGACCACUUAUGAGACUCCACAGCUGCAUUCACCAUACGGGCCAACUGUUGUUACCCCAUAUGAUUAUAUCUCUGAACCUGGCCCACCACCACUGCUCCAUGAGGCUCUGCAGAACCGACCUGGCUUGCAGAAUGUCUCAUCUUUAAAAUCACCAAUGAUGCUACGCCGUAAUCCUUAUGCACCGGCUGGACCUCAGCUUCACAGUGCAUUACAGCAGAACCCUAACCUUCGACAAGCAUCUUUCCAGACACCCAUGCGAUUAAGGUCGCCUUAUGGGCCUCCACCACCAUCUUCACCAAUGUUAGGAAAUGCCCUGCAAAACUCACAGCUAUUGCAGGCAUCAUACCGGCUCCCAGAGGGAACCAUGAUGUCACCAUAUGGCAAUUCACGUUCCUCCCCUAUGCUUGGCCACGCCUUGCAAAACCAACAAAUCCGUGGAGCCUCAUACACGUUGCCUGAUGGAUCAGUGAUCAGGGAUCCACGUAUGCCCAUGUCUCCUAGUCUUUCCAGAGCCCUUCAGAAUCAGGAUCUCAAAAGUGCAUCAUAUACUCUCCCUGAUGGCACCAUUAUGGACCCUAGACAGCAACAUCCAAUAUCUCCAAACCUUGCUAAGGCCUUAGCCAACCCAGCUUUGCGUGAAGCCUCCUACUCUCUUCCUGACGGAACUAUUGUGAUAGACCCCAAGAAACCCAAGUCCCCAAACCUGACAGCAGCACUUCAGAACCCUUACCUGAAAAGUGCAUCAUACUCUCUGCCAGAUGGCACUAUCAUAAUCGAUCCACGGAAACCUCUCUCUCCAAACCUUUCCAGUGCCCUUCAAAACUCCUCCCUGCGAGACUCAGCCUUCACAUUACCAGGUGGAAUCCGUGACCCCAAUAUACCUCUGUCACCAGAUCUGACUAAGGCCCUCGGUAACCCUGCGUUAAAAGGAGCUUCAUACACCCUCCCAGAUGGAACUAUUAUAGUUGACCCAAGAAAACCAAAGAGCCCCAGUCUAACGGCUGCCCUGCAAAACCCCCAUCUAAGAGGUGUGUCAUAUACCCUGUCUGAUGGAACCAUCAUCAUUGAUCCAUGGAAACCAGUUGGUCCUGACCUGUCUCAGGACUUUACCGUCUGUCAGAAAACUCAGGACUGUCAGGCAUACCUCAACCCACCCCUCCCAACCUGA